CUACUUUCAGUCUUGCCUAAUUAACAACACUUUAGUAAUGCGGCAUUAAACUUCGGAAACAAGCAAACCUCCAGUCAUUUGUUUUCGUGUCUUCGGUCAACUCUGUCAUGCAGACGUGCUGGUGGCUAUCGCUGCUCGUAGCUCUAGGGCUCUGCUGCGUUGCAGUGAACGCGCAGUUUCCGCGUGCUUGUGCGACGGUAGAAGCGAUUGUUUCGAAGCGCUGCUGCCCGCCGCUCGGUCCCGAUCUGUCAAAUGUGUGUGGCAUCCUAGUGGGGAGAGGUAGCUGCCUUGAGGUCAGAGUUGAUGACAAACCGUGGAGCGGUCCGUACACGCUGCGCAACGUGGAUGACCGGGAGAGGUGGCCGCUGAAAUUCUUUAACCAAACUUGUCGCUGCGUAGGAAACUUUGCUGGCUUCAACUGCGGAGAGUGCAAAUUUGGAUGGACUGGUUUAGAUUGUCAGAAAAGAAAAGUUCCAGUUGUAAGGCGGGACAUUCUUUCUUUGACUGCAGAAGAGAUUGAAGAGUUUCUAAGUCUUCUUGACCUAGCAAAAAAUACCAUCCAUCCAGACUAUGUCAUUGCUACACAGCAUUGGUUGAGCUUACUGGGGCCAAAUGGAACAGAACCUCAGAUUGCGAAUGUGUCCGUCUACAAUUACUUUGUGUGGCUCCACUACUACUCUGUGAGGGAUACUCUUCUAGGACCUGGCCGUCCAUUUAAAGCUAUUGACUUUUCUCACCAAGGACCUGCCUUCAUUACAUGGCACAGAUAUCAUCUCUUGCUGCUGGAGAGAGAUCUUCAGAGGCUGAGUGGAAAUGACAACUUUGCCAUACCCUACUGGAAUUUUGCAACUGGAAAAAAUGAAUGUGAUGUUUGCACAGAUUCACUGCUAGGAGGACCACAUCAGGAUGAUCCAAGUCUAAUCGGCCCCAAUUCCAGAUUCUCCAAAUGGGAGAUUGUUUGUAACAGUUUAGAUGACUACAACCGACUGGUAACGCUGUGCAAUGGCACAAAUGAGGGAUUUCUUCAGAGACGCCCUCUACAGGAGGACCUUCGCCUGCCAACGAUGGAGGAUGUGCGAAAUUGUCUUUCCAUUGGAGACUUUGAUAACCCACCCUAUUUCUCAAAUUCUACUUUCAGCUUUAGAAAUGCACUUGAAGGGUAUGAUAAACCAGAUGGUGAACUAGAUUCCUCCAUGAUGAGCCUUCAUAAUUUAGUACAUUCCUUUCUUAAUGGGACCAGUGCUUUGUCACAUUCUGCAGCCAAUGACCCUAUAUUUGUGGUUUUACAUGCCUUUACUGAUGCAAUUUUUGAAGAAUGGAUGAAGACGUUUGCUCCAGCUAAUUCAACUUGGCCUGAGCAACUAGCUCCCAUAGGCCACAACAGAAAAUACAACAUGGUGCCUUUCUUCCCACCUGUAACCAAUGAAGAUAUUUUUGUUAAUUCUGAACAGUUGGGAUACUCCUAUGCUGUAGCUAUUUCUGAUACUGCUUCUGCAAAAGUUUUGAUAGGCUCCACGGUUGGUGGAGCUUUAUUGGGCCUUCUCCUCUUGCUCCUAUUGCUGGUCCUCUUCCUGAAGAAAAAACAGAGAGAAGGUUUUGAACCUCUUAUUAAGGCAGAGUUCACUAACAAAAAAUAUACAGAGGAAGCUUAGCUUUGAAAUUUAUCCCAUGUUUAUGGACUUGUAUAAUAUAAUAAUAUAUCCACAGUACUCUACACUCUCUAGAAGUUAAAGCAAUCAGUUAUACUUUCUAGAAAUGUUUCCCUUGGGUUGGGGAGGGG